UUGACUUAUCAACACACUUCUUCUAACAUUUGACUCAACGAGCGGAACAAGACAUCAGCUCAUCUACCAACAUGAGGUUUAAUGGAUUUUCCAAGUUUCUAGCCCCAGUUAUGCUGACUGGCCUUAGUCUAUUAGCACUGACAGUUGCCGCAGAUCGUAGAUUGGAUGACUUGACUCAAGAAAUCGAAGCUCGUGAUGGUUCCUCACCAUACACCGGUGCUGGACAGCGUUCAAUGAAAUUGCUCGGCAAAUUUAAACGGACGAAAUCACAAUCUUACGCCCCACCAAAAUCACACCAGAAACCAAAGUAUCAUCCUCCGCCGCAGUAUGGUCCGCCCAUACAAUAUGCUCCACUUCAUCACGGACCCAUCGCACCACCGCAAUACGCCCCACCUCAUUACGGGCCACCUAAACCAGAGUACGGGCCACCUAAACAAGAAUACGGACCGCCUAAGCAUCAAUAUGGGCCGCCUAAACAUCAGCCCGGCCCUCCUAAUCAUCAGUACGGGCCUCCUAAACCUGCAUACGGUCCUCCUAAACCCGAAUACGGUCCUCCUAAACCCGAAUACGGGCCACCUAAACCUCAGUACGGACCCCCUAAAGGAAACUAUAGAGCUCCAACAGCUGCGUACGGCCCACCGCAACCAGCCUACCACCAGCCAAGUUCCGCUUACGUGAAGCCACAGCCGCCAGCGUAUGCUGCAGCUCCACCACCCCAGCAGCAAGUCUACGCCCAGCCAAGUCCAGACUACUCUCAACCACCAUAUACUGCUCCGCAGCCACCACCACCGCCUUCAGUUGCCUAUGCACCGCUUCCUAUAGCACCUCCAGCUUACAGCAGUCCAUCAGUAACUUACGGCGCAAUAGAACCACCGCAAACUGACUACAACCAGCCCCCCUUGACUCUGAGCUACAACUCUCCAUCAACCAACGAUGAUGACGACGAUGAUUCGCGUGAAUCGACUUCAAGCGACGAUUCAUCAGCAUCCAAUUACAAUGUGCCAUCACCGCAUCAUCAUUAUGAACCGGCUGAGCCGAAACCAUCGGACGACAAUGUUAAAAACGUCAGCGACGAUCAAGUCGAAGUAGCGCCAGUAUUAGCGGCUUAUGUGGCUACCGAGUCAAGUGUUCCCCCGAAACAGACGGAAUUCAUCCCUUCGUAUCCGCACUAUUCCGACGAUACCGACAACAACCACCCGGAAACAGACGAUUCGCCAAAACAGAGCGGAUAUGCUUCUUCGAUUCCCAAUGAAAGCGUCCAAGAAACGGAUAACAACCAUCCGGUUGCAGCGGAAGAACCUCAAAAAGGAACGGAACCGGAAAUCAUUUCUGCGGUAUCGGAAGUUACGAUCGAUGAAAUUCCAACGAUUUCUCCUCCCGUCUCCGCAGAUGAGGCGCUGGCUUAUUCGCCCAACUUUGAAGACAACAGCGCUUUUCCCGAUUCAACCGAUCACGAUUUUUCUUCCCUAUUCAACCUCCCCAGUAAUUUCUACAAACAGACAGACAACGGAGCGGACGCUAACAAGGGAAACGAUUUCGGAUUCUUCCAACUCGGCAUCUUCCCCAAAACGAGCAGCUUCUUUGAGCAGAACUACAACGGCUAACAAGAAAUUUCAUCAAACACUUUGGAUUGAGACUGACGAUGAUUUAUUCAAUCCUCAAUUUUGAUUGUUUUCACUUUAAUGAUGUUGAAUUUGCGCGAUUUGUUUUUCUUAGAUGCGGCUAAUCAGAUCUGUCGAGUUCAGAUCGUCUUUGUUUUUGCUUGUUAUGAAAAUGUGUCUCUUACCCUCUUUUUCGCGAUGGCUCAAAAUAUUCCCGAAGAAUUGGCACCUGUUCACUUUGUGCCCUUAACCAUAUUGGAUCUCUCUAAUAAUACAUAAGAUCAAAAACUCGUACGCUUUCUCCAACAGGUGCCAAUCCAUCGCUGAUUUCAUUUUGGCAGCGCAUUCGCACCUUUUUUCACUUCAACUUUGAUUUCACCCUGAUCGUUUGCCAUCAAGAAAUUGUGUUUUAAUGUUAUAGAGAUCGUUUGCUUUGUUAAACCAUGUAUGCAAUGUAAGAGGGCAUCAAAUAAAAGCUUUUAAAUAUCA